UAGACUUAACAGUGUCAAACAGCUUUGGAAGUGUCAUCAUGAAGGUCUUGGCUUUGGUGUUGACGCUGUGGACGGUGGACGCGUACCCGUACUAUCCGUAUUACGGCAAUGUUGAUACGUUAUCAUACGGUGCAAGCGACAGCAGCCGCGGCGGCAUGGCCAUGAGCAGGUACUACAACCCGUACUACACGCAGCAGACCGGUGGCGGUCUGGCCGCUUUCAUGUUCCGCCAGCCCGAAGAGAAGCAGACCAGCCAGUACUACCUCCCUGACCGUCGUCGCCAGACCCAACCCGAGCUCACCUACUUCCCCCCUCAGCAAAACGAGGUCUUCUACCCACAACAACCAGAGAAACCCGUCACAGAGGAAACCGAAAUUGCCGACCCGACAGAAAGAACAGAAAUUUCAACCACAGUUAAAACUAUUCCAGAAAUAGCGGAACCUGAAGUUGAAGAGGUCGAGGAACAGAAGCCUAGAAAAAGAGUGCAGAAAAAGAAACAAGUCAAACGGCCUGUCGAUGAUGAUGAUGAUGAAGACAGAUACGAUAUGCCAAAGAUGCCAGCUGCGGCAUUCUUCCCUAUGUUUUUCGGCUAUGGCGGGCGGUCCGGGUCUGGUGGCAUGCCAGGAGGACCAACGGCUGUUGCCAAUGCUUACAGCACUGGCCGCGGCGGCGUUGCCAGUAGCCACGCCACCGCGUACGGCGCACCGAGGCCAGACAGCCAGAAAUUAUAGGUUAGCGUAGAAAUCGAUAGCUAUUAGGUAGCACUGGACAGUCAAAACAAGGUUUAAAGAUUAGGGUAGAUUCCUAGAGUCCAAGAAAUAGAGCUCAAAUAGUGCUUAUUUUUACGUUACCCUAUGUCCAAGACAUGUAUGUAAUUUAACAGACAACAAUAAACCUAGCUAUCAAUGUUUUGAUUGUCCAGUAUUAUGUAGCAAUUUCUAUUCGUUGUUAUGAAUUUCACAGAUCUGUAAAACAUAUUGUUUUGAAAUAUCUUUUAUUUUAUGCCAUGUAUGUAUGUAAAUAAACCAAUAAAUAUUAGAAUAAAG